AUUAUAAUUUCUUUUCAGCAAGCUUCACUUCACUUCACUCAUCACAAACAUCUCCGCAACGGCAAACCAAGACAAGUUCUCAUUCAUUCAAUUGAUAUGAUUGAGAAUGUCACAACGGUACAGACAUUCUGGUCAUCUAUAAAGCAAUGGGGAUACCCCAUCUAAUUACAUUCUUGCGACCUUAUGCGACUUUGAGUUCAUUGAAGGGCAAACAUAUUGUGAUCGAUGGUCCAGGGUUAGCAUAUCAUAUAUAUCAUAUAUGUUUAAGUGCGAGGAAGUCUGCGGGGAAUUAUUUUGAAGCAAAUCCAUCCUACAAAGAGCUUGGAGAGACGGUAUUAGCAUGGCUGGAUGGCUUGGAGAGAAGUGGUGCUGUUGUGUGAGUUCCACACGAUCAAAAGGUCCCCUUCAUUGUGUUAACUAUUAGUAGGAAACAGAUAUACUUUGACGGAUUCCUACCCCCAGCCAAACUAGAUGUCCGUUACCAGAGGCUUAGUCGCAAUACACAGCAAUUGGAAAAAUAUCAUAAAGAUUAUGCAUCUGGGUUGGGAUAUCGAUUUUCAUCGACAAGUUGGAUUACAUCUGCAUCAUUUCCUUUCGCAUUUGCUCCCCAGCGUUCCAGCUUUGUAAAGCUUCCGGCAUCAUCCUUUCUCGUGCCUUCAAUAAUUGAAGCGUUACAAAACACCAACAAGUAUAGAGAUAUUGUCGAGAUUGUGCCGGGAGAAGCAGAUACAUAUUGUGCGAGCUAUGUCAGUCAACAUGGUGGAAUCAUUCUCACUGGCGAUUCUGACCUCUUGGUUCAUGAAAUUGGGACCGACAGUUCUGUGAGCUUCUUCCAAGAUGUUGAGGUCUCAUCCGAGGCCGAUCCGUGGAUGUUACAGUCCCAAGUAUUUCAUGUUGGGUCCAUUGUGAAGCGAUUACGACUUCCAUCUUCUCAUGGUAUUUGUGCUCUUGCUUUUGAGAUUGUCAUGGAUUCCCAUGGUACCUUUUCCAAACUUCUAAAACAAGCAACUACACUGAGCGCUAUCAAGCAGCACAAAGGGAUGUACGUGGAUUUUGUCAAGGAAUACUUGCCUGUUGACUUUGAUUUAGCUAUCUUCGAUCCAACGCUGGUAAAACGUUCUUCGGUGAAGACUGCUCUUCAAGCCCUUGAUCCUCGUGUUUGUGAGUAUGUUCUUCAAUUUCCUUACUUGAUGAGAUGUCUCGGCCUGUCGCAGUCGUCGAGUGCGUCUCAAGAUGGUGCGAACAUCAAUAUCUUUCUCCCAUUCCUUAUUGACUGUCCAUCUCGGACCAAUGCCUGGGAGAUGUCUGCAUCCAUACGUCAGUUGGCAUAUGGUUGCAUGAAUAUGAUAUUACCAGUCGGAGAGAGGAGGAACUCGAUUUUCGAACACAAAAGACAAGCCAACACGUCGCGCGGGAGGGAGUGGGAGAUACCAGCUGCAUCAGAUAUUCCAAGAGCUUGCAUGGAAGUUUUGACAUUUCUUCGUGAAAGCCGUACCAAACUCGAAGGGCAGUGCAUUGCCGAUAGUUGGAGCUCUAUUGCUUUUAUACAAGACGCCGAGUGGUCAGAAUCAAUAGAUAAGGUGAGCUUGGGCAAGAAGGUUUUGGCAGGACUCAGGGCCUCAAAUCCCAAUGACACUUCUCCCAAAAAGAGCGACUUGGAUUGGGAUAAAAUACAUUUUAUGGCUCAAAUCCAAGGCUCUUAUUACUCAUUCAGGAUUUUGAAGCAGCUGACAACCUUUUUGAUCUUGAUUGGGGGUCGUGGAUCAGUUUCUGGGCCACUAUUGGAACUAAAUGAUUUGCUUCAAGACCUCCCAAGCCUCAAUGCCCAUAAUGGAUUCGAGAAACUGGAAUCCAUGUUGACAACCAUGAAGGAAUCGAUCCUUGAAGAUUCGUAUCAAGAAAAACAAUUAUCGGCUAGCAUUUCUGCGGAAAAGUCUAAACAAAAGAAGAAAAGGAAAAGGGACCAAUUGACUUCGUCUCGUACAGCGAAUAAAAAGCCUACGAACCCAUUUGAUGUAUUGGGUUCCGAUUGGUGAUUUGACAUUCCCAGUGUUCAUCAUCUAAAAUAAUUUCCCAGGCAAUCGAAAAUUUAUAUGCUCUCAUCAUUGCAUUGAGUGCUCGCAUUCACAAAAUUUGUUCGUGCUGUUGCAACCCGUUCUCUACAUGUAGCAUCUUCUGUGUCGUGCAAUAUCGAAGAUACUCUCUUCUGUUCCCAGUUUCAUUUAAUGGAUGUAUCGCUGCUGUACCUCUUCAUUCUUUUUUUCAACCAAGUAUUGGGUAUCAAAGAUUCAACGAGGUUUGGAUACGUUGGCAGAUCUAUGUAACCAGGAGUGGAUGGGACAAUAUUCGUUUUCUGGAAGUUUGCGAUGAGUGAGGUGUCUAGACUUGUAGGGUUUUCGGUGUCUGCAAGAAUGAGUAAGUUUCUCUUACUGAUGAGAGUCGUGAUAACAAAUCCAUCAUCUAAAAGUGAGGUCUGUAUAUAGUGAAGUGUAUUAUAG